GAGGGGGCCGUCGGCCGCGGUGACGAGCACGCUCCGGCGCGAGGACUGCUGCCGAUGAGCGUGAUCCUGGCGGAGCCCUUCUACGGGGGCUCCCACAAGCAGCUCACCGACCUGCUCCGGGAAGACGUGCCCAACUGCGUCGCCUACACGCUGCCUGCCAAGAAGUGGCACUGGCGCGCCCGCACCGCCGCGCUGCAUUUCAUGCAGGCCAUCCCUGCGAGCCCAUCGUACAGGGUGCUCCUCGCCAGCUCCGUCCUGAACUUGGCGGAACUCGUAGCCCUCCGGCCCGACCUUGGCAAGCUGCGGAAGAUCCUAUACUUCCACGAGAACCAGCUGGUGUACCCGGUCCGCAAGAGCCAGGAGAGGGACUUCCAGUACGGCUACAACCAGAUCCUCUCGUGCUUGGUGGCAGAUGUGGUGGUGUUUAACUCUUCUUUCAACAUGGAGUCCUUUCUCACGUCCAUCCACACCUUUGUGAAGCUCAUUCCAGACCACAGGCCCAGGGACUUGGAAGCGCGCAUCCGCCCAAAGUGCCAAGUCCUCCACUUUCCUAUCAGAUUUCCUGAUGUCAGAAGGUUCCUUCCGCAACACAAGCGUGCCCGUUUCCAAGGAGAGAACCCCUUCGAGGAGGGCUGCGGCCCUGAGCCUCUCGGCGCCCUGUCGGGGUCUGAAAACUGCGCCUCUGUGGAGGGGCCUGAACUCGACACCAAGAUACCAGCCCACGGAAGCCAGAUUGAGAUCCACACUCCAUUGCACCAGGAGCCUCAGUGCAUGUCCCAGUCGCCAGCAGAGGCUCUCCACGGUCAUGGAAGUGCAGCGCCCACAAGAGACAGGGAUGCGAUGGUGGGGCUGUGCGACUGCGGUCCCAGUGGGAGGGAGCCACUGCACAUCGUGUGGCCUCACAGGUGGGAGCACGACAAAGACCCGGAACUCUUCUUCGAGACGCUGCUGAAGCUGAAAGAGAGGGGACUGAGCUUUCAAGUGUCCGUUCUUGGCGAGACGUUCACAGAGGUGCCAGCCAUCUUCGCCGACGCCAGAGAAGAGCUCGGGGAGCGCAUCGUGCACUGGGGCUACGUCCCCAGCAAGGAGGAGUACCUAAAAGCCCUGUGCCAGGCAGACGUGGUCAUCUCCACAGCCAAGCACGAGUUUUUCGGGGUGGCCAUGUUAGAAGCCGUUCACUGUGGCUGCUAUCCGCUGUGUCCGAAGACAUUAGUGUAUCCGGAAAUCUUUCCAGCGGAAUAUCUGUACUCCACACCUGAGCAGCUCUUAAAGAGGCUUCAGGGUUUCUGCAGGAGGCCCGACGUCGUUAGAAGACAUCGUGUUCAGGUGGACACGGCGCUCUUUUCCUGGGAAACUCUCAAGGGGAGCUUCAGGACCCUGUUGGCAGCCGACGCCAGCGAACUUCACUGACAGACGAGGCCAGCGUCGCUGGCUCUCAGCCCCGGGCGGAGUACGCGGAACAUUCUGGAGCACGCUCAUAUUUACCUGAUCAGAAGGCACUGGAUGGGAUGGGAUGGGAUGGGAGGGGAGGGGUGAGGUUCAUGGAGCGGUUUGGGGAGGAAAGCAGCUGAGGGAUCGGCGCCGCCGGAGCCGGGUUGUCUGUCUGUCACAGCUGACGCGGAGCCAUCUGCCGCAAACCUGCGACGGCUUCAGAUCCCCGUUCGCCGCCACCAGCCCAGCCCAGAUUAAAGCCAGACCUGUGCCGGCGCUGCCGUGGCUGCACGUGUCCGCGGCUCAGAGGCUCCUCUGCAGGAGGGGGACUCGUGUGCGCCAAAAAAAGGACGUGUAACCGCACUCCUGUAUCCCAUAUGUGGUGCCACAUUGAAUUUCCAGUUGCGCGCGAUCUCAUCCUUUGUACUGGGGGCCGCGGUACCAGACCCCCCCCUCCGCGCCGACGCGGUGGCGGCCAAGCCGCAGCUUCAAACGCGCACACUUGGACGGUGCGGCGCCCAGGUUGCCAGGUUAUGGGCGCGUCGUCCGAGGGCCACCAGCGCCGACGAGGAGAGCGCUAAUUGGGCGGCCGGCCGCGAAUUGUUUUGUGGGCGAGAGCCCCCCACCUCCCCACUUCAGCACUCCUUGCCUCCUUUGCAAAUUAAUGACUCCAGUGCAGGGGUUUUUAAGUGGAGGUAUUAAUAAGGGGGCCUGGCAGGUAUUCCCAUGAUUCACAGUGUUACAUUUGCAUUUAAUUAAUCUUGAAGAAAGCUGCAAGAUAAACAGCUGUAAUUCAGAGCAGCGCUGGGAGUGUGUGACACGGUGCCACCUAUCUGAUGAAAUCGGAGCCAAUAUGUUGGGUUUAAAAACCUCCCGCCCCUAAACAGACACGCACGCACAGACCUGUGUGCACGCAGAGGUACACACACACACACAC